CACCUCAGACACAAUGAACAUUGUGAUUGAGAGAAGUUACCUGAACUCUUUGGGCUACAGCAGUCACGACCUGUACCUGAACGACGAGCACUGCAGACCCAAAAUUACCUCAUACCAGGUGAUCUUCAGUUUCCCCAUUGAGAGUUGCGGAAAUGUCAAACAGAUUAGCAGUGACAGAGUUGUGUACACCAAUGGUCUCCGUAGCUCCAACAGCAGCUCUGGAGAGAUCACACGUCACGCUGUCUUGAAGCUGAACGUCACCUGCAUCAUGGAUCAGGACUCAUUGUCCGAAAAUAUGUUUGUGAUCCAAAAUCCUGGAAACAGUGCUAUAAUAGGCACAGGGAAAUUCAACACAACCAUGACAUUCUACACAUCCAGUAGUUUCUACUACCCGGUGACUGAAUUUCCUUAUGAGGUUGAACUCAACGAGUACAUCUAUGUUCAAAUAGAUCUGAAGUCGAGUGACAACAGCUUGGUCAUCUUUCUCGAUACCUGUGUGGCUUCUCCAUCGCCCCAUGAUUUCCAAACCAGAGCUUACUACUUCGUUCGCAAUGGAUGCACAGCAGACAACACCUACUACGCUUAUUAUUCUGGCAGUCGGGACUAUGCUCGAUUCAGAGUGAAGACCUUCCAGUUUCUGCGGGCAUCGGAGUCAGUGUAUCUCCAGUGCAAGGUCCUGGUGUGUCAAGCGUCUGACUACAACUCCCGCUGCCGCCGUGGCUGCACCAGGCGUAGAGCCCGAGACCUCGGCUCAGGUCAUGACAGCCAGACUCUGGUUCUGGGUCCGAUUAAACUCAAAGCAUGGAAAGAGAUAAACACAUACCCUCAUCAGAAGCCAUGCUUGAAUAAGAAGGUGUGGUUCCUGCUGAAGGCCUGCAACACCACCUUCAGAUCUGGUGAUGCAGAGGCCUGUAGCACUUCCAGGGCAAACCUGAGGAGGGGCAUCAUCAAUGCUAAGCUCUGCAACAAGCUGGAGGUAGAGGAAUGCUUCUGCAACCCUGAACCCAGAUGCAUGUGGCAGGGCAUCCAGGUCAUCAGUGACGACAAACCCAGCAACUCCACCCCGUUAAACACAGAUGUCUCCUUCCUGAAUGAGCUCACUGACUUUUAUGCUCACUUUGUUAGAGACAACAUGAAGACAUCGACCACAACCAGACCCCCUGCUGACUAUCAGCCCCUCUCACUCAACUCCACAGAUACCGCUCUCAUAUCUGUGUCCAUACUGCUCUGA